AUGGCGAAUGGGCAUGCUCUUUUCCCAUCAAGAGAGAAGGAAGUAAGCUUUGCCAGCCUAAUGUUUCUGGGAUGGCUCGGCCCGCUUCUCUCGGCCGGGAAAAGAGGAGAUAUUUUGCAAAGCGACCUAGAACGCAUCGAAACCCACCCAACCUCGGCCUUCUUCCCAUCGCCCGAUGCACAUUCGAAGAAGGAUGAGGACCGUUCUUUUAUGAGGCAAUUGGCUCGAGAUACUUCCCUUCGAACCUACCUCUUGUUCGUGUUGGCCAUGAUAUUAGCUGCGUUGACAGCAGCGACUACACUUUGUCAACCGAUUAUAAUUGGCGCUUUAGUAGCCUUUCUUCAGACUGAAACCCACACCUCCGUCGGGUCGUGGCUCGUUGUCGCUCUGUUCAUUGACUUCACUCUUCUCAACAUCCUCGUUGCACAGAGUACUCAUAUUGUCGAUCAAGUAUCAUUCCGCAUUCGGGCUUACCUCACCUACCGCAUUCACCUCAGAUCUCUAGAGCCAGCAACAUCGCGGACGACCACCUCCAGCGACUCCGAGAGCGCAAAAGUUACCGUGCUGGCAAAUGUGGACGUGACUCAAGCCGUCUUUGUUCUCAAAGUAAUCCCCGACGUUAUCACAAGUACCAUCAUUGUAGGUGUUGGCGCAUAUCUCUUGUACAACGCCGUCGCCCUGGUCUUCCUCGGACCUCUGCUCUUGGCUCUCGUGAGUGUCAGUGUUCCGAUAGCCCUCGGGAAGAAAUUGACGAAAAGUCAACGCUACGCUCUCGAGGCUACCGAGCGUCGUAUCCGUUCCGUGGGCCAGCUCAUAGAGCAGACGCGGAGCAUUCGCAUGGCUGGUAUGCAGGCUAUGGCUGAGAAGGAAGUGCUUGAAAAUCGCCAGAUCGAAAUAGAGGCCAUGUCUCUGUACCGGAAAUUUCUGAUCGGGGUAGUCUUUGCCUCGGACUCUGUGAACGGUCUCUCACUUCUGGUGACCUUUGGCAUCUACGCAGCCAUCAACGGAACAAAUUUGGACUACUCAACUCUAUUUACAGCUCUGUCGGUUAUUUCGAUCAUGCUCGGAUCGUUUCCUACCUUCAUCCAGAUGCUUCCGGCAUUGUACGAAGGCGUCGUCAGCUGGGGUCGCAUAAUAGCCUACGUGAAGCCCAAAGUCAGGUUGGCUGAAAGGCAUAACGACGCUACAGCUGCCAACGGGCUCAUUCACUUCGAAAAGGAAGCAUCUAUCUUAGCAAGAUUUUCCGAAGCGUCUUUAGCGUGGGGCACUGGAGCAAUCAUCAAUGACGCCUCCCUCACUAUUAAAAAGGGAACAAUGACUGUAGUCACGGGCAGCUCAGGCUGCGGCAAGUCAACCAUCUUGAAGUCUCUUGUGGGAGAGGUUCGCAUCUCCGCAGGCACGAUACAGUUGGGCACAAACAAGAUUGCAUUCUGCGACCAGUCUCCAUACUUCUUGGCCGGCCGUACUGUCCGCCAAAACAUCAUCUUACAGCGCCCCUUCGACGGUACACUUUACUCAGCUGUUCUCAGCUGCUGCUGCCUCCGGCCCGAUAUCUCUCGGUGGUCAAGCGGUGACGAGACCAUCGUUAUCGACAGCGCAGGGACCUCUCUCAGUGGAGGUCAGAGGAAACGAUUGGCCCUCGCACGAGCGCUAUAUCAUGGAGCAGAUCUUUUGGUCCUCGAUGACGUCUUCACAGGGCUUGAUGCCAAGACUGCCAGAGAGAUCACAUUCUUUCUGUCGUAUUGGACAGGGAAAUAUCAAGCUGGCGACUAUUCGAGGCCCCCUGGCUUCUACAUUGGGAUGUAUUCUCUCAUCGUUGGUUCGGGGCUCAUCGGCAUCCUUGUAGCCUGCGGUGUGUUUUUCCUCCGCAUGAUACCGCAGUCUGCAGUCUCAAUCCAUAGGGAUAUGCUCGAUGUCUUGGUCAGCUCCUCCGCCGGCUUUCUCGAGACGAAUAGCGUAGAAACUCUCAAUAGGUCAGUUACAAUCGACGUUUUGCGCAGUCCUCUCCACGUCAUCUCCAUCUGCUCACGGACGUUCAGGUUCACGAACGACGUCAAUGUCCUUGACCUCGCCCUUCCUCUGGCUGUUCUCAACUCAACAUGGGCCAUCGCCGCCGUUCUAGCAUCCAUGGGGGUACUUGCUGCAGGUUCUGUCUACACUCUGAUCAGCCUCGCAGUCUCUCUUUUUGUCCUCUACUUCAUCCAGCGCAGCUACCUAGCCACCUCUUCACAACUUCGGACUCUACAAAUUGCUUCACAGGCGCCUGUAAUCGGAACUUUGCGAGCAAGCUGUGACGGACGUGCGACGAUUCGAGCCUUCAAUCUGCAGGACAGCGCAUCCAGCACUCUGGUCAAUCAGGUCUAUCAGGCCAGCAAAUCAGCAUAUCUCUUUCGAUCCCUCCAAUCUUGGCUUUUUCUUGUCAUAGGACUUCUUGGGGGUGGGGUCGCUGGAACGCUGGCAGCCCUGCUGGUCGGGCUGAAGUCCAAGGUCAACGUUGGCUGGGCUGGCGUUGCUUUGGUGAACACAAUUACACUAGGAUCCGACUUGAAGAUGCUCAUGAAUUGGUUGACUCUUCUCGAAGCACAACUGGGCGUCGUUCGACGCAUCAGGGAAUUUAUUGCGACUACCCCUAGCGAGAACCUUCGAUCGGUGAACGCUGCUACACCGCUUGUUGAAGAGCUACCAGGCGACUGGCCCUCUGGAGGUGAGGUGGUACUUCGUGAUGUUUCGGCAGCGUACGGCGGGAAAAGCUCUUUGGCUCAACUUCUGUUUGGGCUAAUAACAAAAACCGGCGGCUCUGUCCACAUAGACGGUGUCGACUUAGAUACGGUCUCGCCUCAAUUGCUUCGCCAGAGACUUGUCGGAGCACCUCAAUUCUCAUUCUACAACGGACAGGCUAGCGUCAAGAAAAAUCUGGACCCGGGCGACAAUCACUCUCCCUCUGAUGUUGUGGAUAUGAUUAGACUUAUUUCAGUCGGUGUUUCUGACGGUGGCCAACCCGAAGCCAUGGUUGACGUCGAUCAAGCAUGGGAAUCUUCUCGGUUCUCUUCAUUUGGUUGGCAACAGCGCCUUGGUAUUGCGAGGGCGUUGCUGAGAAGAAGUGCUCUCUACGUCAUGGAUGAGCCUACAAGCGGGAUGGAUGCUAUGACGCAUAAGGCCAUGAUCCAUAACAUCCUCAGCACCCAUCCUAGUAGUACAAUGAUUAUUGUGACACAUCAUACUGAGGGGUUGGAAAUGUUCGACAGAGUUCUAAAGGUCGACGCAGGGAAGAUGGCGUGGUGA